UAGGAGGGGUACAAGCGACAGGACGGGCCUUUCCUCAGGAAAGCAUAUCACCUUCCACCACAAUAGAGCUCGCCAGGAAACCACGGGCAGCCGCAUUGCUCUCUUGAGCCCAUGAGCACUUUCAGACACACUCUCACACUCAUCAGUCACACACAGAGACAAAUCCCGCACACCCCAGGAUGACGCGCUACUGAAACACUGCAAGGAUAUCGUCUCAGUUCAAAUUUCAAGUGCAACGAUGCCAAUUCUAAAGAAGCUUCCAGGUAGGUCAAAGAGCUGCCAUGAGUUCCCCAGAGUGAACGGUGAACUUAUUCUACCGAGACUUGACAUGAACCUCAAGGACUUGAAUGAUCUUAAUGAUCUGAAGGAGUUGCACGACCUAAAGGAUCUGAACAAGAACCUGAACCCUUUUGAGGAUGUUGAUUUGGAUGAGGAUGAGAGGAAUGCCGGUGACAUGGGCCUCAUCAUGGGAGAGGUGAGGGGUAACCUCCAGCUCAGGUCCUCUCGUGAUGGAGAAGAGGAGGAAAAUGAACUCAAUGCGGAGAGACACGGGGCGGGAAAUCCUAAAGGAAAGCCACUAAGAGGCACCCUGGAGCGGAUUUGUGGUGUGUCACCACUGAAAACCCUUGGAAAAUUGGGCAAGGGGCUCCGCAAAUCUGGACGGAGUGUGUGGGGGCACAACUCACCUCACUAUAGCCCUGGAGACUCAAACACGCUCCCAACUGAAAGGGAAAAAAGGAAAGGACCACGCAGGAGCUCAGAAGGAAUUAUGACUCUGUUCCGCAUUACCGGCCGUCGAAAGGAGGAGCGCAGAGAAAGCCUGCCCUGUGGGGACCUGAGUGCAGACAGCGAGGCUGAGGCUUCUAGGCGGUCCUCCUUCCUCAGGAUGGUCAGUCAUGGCAAGCUGAAGAGGGAAUCCAUGUCCGACAAGGCCUCAAAGGAGACAGAGGAGGAAGAAGAAGAGGAGGAGCCAUUGGUUAAAACCAGAGAGCCCCUCUCAGUACUGGAGAUUCUGCAGUUAGUCAACCAUCGAGACCUGCUCAUUGCCGACACACAUAUUCAGGAGCUGGAGCGAGAGUGUGAACUGCUGUCUCUCCUGCCACCGCCAACCUCUCCCAUCCUCAAUCCUACUUUUAGUCCCUGCAGUCCUCCUGGCAUAAUCCCUCUAUCAUGUUCAUCCUUGGAUGACUCACUCAGUUCCAACGCAACACUGGAUUCAAGCCGCCGGAAAGAGAAGGACGUAGAGCUCCUCUACGAGGCUUUGAUGAAGGAGAUGUGGGAUGUUGUGCGCGAGUCUCUCCGUCAGCCUAUUGCUGGGCCCAACCUUGGGCUUGUGGUACUGGUUAUUCAACAGGAGGAGCAUGCUGAUGUGACCUGGGCUCUCAGAGAAGAGAGCAAGCCAGAGCGAGAUCUGGAUGUGGUUCCACAGAUCCAACAAAACCACCGUCCCCGGCGGAUGAAGAUGAAGUGGAGGGAAGCUGUGGCGGAGGCUGCUGACUGGAGCUUGCCACACCCGGUGGACACUCAGGCUGGCCAGCUGGCAUCAUACCUUGAGCGCCUUAAGAGUCGGAUGGUCGAUGACCUGGAUGCAGCAAAGAGGAAUGCUGUGUCUAUUUACCCUGAGGAGUUUUCUGCAUUCCAGGUGUAUGUGGAAAGUUAUCACCAAGCUGUGGCUAAACGUCUGAGAACCCUUACCAUCGGCCCACUGCAGAUUACUGAUGUCUACUCACUGUUGGACUGGUUCUACAAUAUCUACAACCGUGAUGUUCUGGGAACCAUUGGCACCGCAACACCCAUCAACUAUGCCUCUCUGGAACCCAUUCUGCCUCAAGAGACAGUGGACCAACUUGAAAUGGAGUGCCUCAAUAUUGUCAAAGAGAAGGUGACGAAAGAGCUAAUUCAGGUUCUGGAUGACGAAGAGAGGCGAUGGGCCCAUACUCUACACAUAGAGGAGUAUCAGUCCCACCUCGCGUGCUCGGUCAUUCAGAGGCUGAAAGUAGAUCUGGAUAAGUCUACAUCUGUAAACCAGUUCCUAGGGGCAAGAGUGGCUCGUUUUAGUCUCAUCGGUUUGGCUGACUUUCUUUAUAGUUUCCAGAGAAAAGUGGAGAUGUUUCAUGAGACCCAGGCAGAGUUUGGGGAUCGAGGAGAUGGAUAUGUUUCCAGGACCAUAGCUCUAGUCAACAGCUGCCCUCCUCUCAGAUCCUUUGUGGAGCGCUGCAGGCAGUGUGACCCACAGGCCAGCGAGGACUCAGCAACGAGAGCCAAUUCCUCCCUUGACAGGAUCAUCAACCAGUCUGUUAGGGUGCUGGUUGACAGGCUGUUUGAGCACAUUAGGCCGUUUUUCGACAAAAUGAUAAAGAGAAAAUGGUUGAACAACACGGACACAUUUGAGGCCAUUGAAGCCAGCAUUAAACAACACUUCAAAAAGUUCAGAAGGAUGGAUCCUCCACCGUAUCAGACGCUGGUGGGUGAAGUGCACCGUCGGGUGUUGGUGGAGUAUGUCCGAGCCAUCAUGCGAGGACGGCUCAUUUGCACUUCUUCCAAGAUGAGAAAAAGGAUGGCUUUCCGCUUACAAGAUGAGGCCAAACAGCUUAAAGGACUCUUUAAGGAUUUGGAAUCAAGUUCAUCUUGGUUGGACAGUCUCAUCUGCCACCUGGCUGACAUCGUUCUCCUUGAAGACACGCCCUCCAUCCAGAUGGAGGUUGCUGUCCUGGUGAAAGCGUUUCCAGAUAUUCGGCAGAAGCACGUCUCCACCCUCCUGAACAUACGAGGCAUGAUGCGUCAGACGGAGCGUCUAGAGAUCCUCAACAUAGUCAAAGACUUUCAAUGCAGCUCUGCCUUAAUCAGCCGGGAUCAUGCUGUCUUUUCUGAAAUCCCCAUUACCUCAGAGGUGCACUGCAUCAGCUUGGGAUUCUCGCGUCUCGCCAUGGCUGUUACCAACUGGUUCUCGGAGCACCGACCGAGGCGAACCCGCAGGAAAAGUACCAGAAACACAAGACCUCAAUCCACUGAGAGUCACAACAUUGAAGACACAAAUAAAUUGAACAGAGAAGAAUAGCUGUUGGUGUGAAAGUAAGAGGAGCAGUUGCAGUCAUACUGUAAUGGGAUGAGACGUAUAUGCACCUUGACAAAAAAAAAUAUGAUAGUGCCAUCUUUUAUAUAACCAGCCACGUAAAGAAACUUGACUUGAGGUACUGCUCGUUCUGUUCACACUCACAUAACACUAUUCUGAAACAACCAUGACCUUUAGGCGUUGUUUUUUUCCCCAUCUACACAGUCAUUGGACACGUAAAAAAACAAUUCAACUUCAGUCUUUUUCGGCCCACAUCAGUAUGAAAUGAUAACGCCACCAUAGCAGAGGCAAUUCGAUAUGAUGCUUUGUUGUUUAUCAUUUAUUUACCCGGCCAUAUAUACUGUACCCGUUUUUGGUUUAUAUACUACAUGGUAUCUAGUGAUGUGUUGAACUCUCACUGUGAAUGAUAUGGAUCCAUUGCUGGAAACCCUAAUAAAGACCCAUUGAUUGGGUAGAUUGAGCAGA